GAACGGUACUGCUGUUGUAGUCGGUAUCCAGAUGAAUGACAUUCAGGACGCAGAGGCUUUUAAGAUCCUGGCUCAAGUCCUUGCUGUGUGGCAUAAGGAUAACAGAGACCACCACCUUGGCUUAUGGCGUCUCCCUUACCACGGUGUUAUUUUAUUUAUCAUUGGUGUUCCUUACUCUAGUUAUAGCAAAUACGUGAAGCACACAGACCAGAUUUUAAAACCACGUCCUGAUCUCAAGCUCAGACUCGAGGUGGAAGAGACGAGAGGCGACGUGGUGACUUUUCAAGCACACAAACAUGAAGAUUACAAGGAUAUUAUGGAACUGAACGCUGUGUAGUCCUUGCGUGCCAGUUGGA